CAUGCCGCAUCAGCAACCCCACAUAAUGACGUUUCCUGUAUCCGGCGUUCAUUUGGCCCCUCAAAACACUGAUUGCGAUCGAAUACAUUGUAAGGUUCAACUAACCAAACUCACGAGGCAUCACAGCGAUGGAGCUUAUCGUUGCGAAGUGUCCAGUGAAGCACCUACAUUCCGUCUCGCUGCUGAAACCCACAAUAUUACGGUAGCAACUUUACCAAAGGAAAAACCACGAAUACUGGGAUUGGAAGAAACGUAUAAUGAAGGGGAUAUUUUAUCCGCAAAUUGUACGUCUUCUCCAUCCGAUCCCGCUGCCAUCGUUACAUGGUUUAUCCACAAUCAACCGAUUAAUUAAGUUUAAUAAACUCCAACUCCAACACCUUCCGACUGCAAAUGUUGAAUGUACAGAUAUUGG